UGUGAUUAUGAGAGUGUUCCAACAACAGUAUUCACACCACUGGAGUAUGGCUGCAUAGGGCUGGCAGAGGAAGAUGCUAUUGCAAAGUAUGGGGAGAACAAUAUUGAGGUGUAUCACACUAACUAUACACCUCUAGAGUAUACUGUGGCUAAACGAGAUGCAUCUGAGUGUUAUGUCAAGCUGGUUUGCAACAAGAGCGAGAACGUAAGUGCUGUUACUCUGCAGUGAUCCUUUCUUUUUCGGUUAAAGUGUAUACAACACAAAAUCUUUUCAAACUGAUUGUGGUUCAUAGAUAAGUUUAGUCAACAAUAAUUGUGAACUUUAAAAAUGUGUCCCCCAAAAAAUUUCUUGAACUUUUACCAUCCAAAAUGUGCUUUCUCCCUUGAAGAAAUGUCUCAAAGACUGCAAACGAGUAAAGGAUGAAAGAGAGGCUGGUGAUGUCAGCUAGUGUACGAUUAGUGCCUUGUAGAAUUAAGCGAUGUAACUGACUGUAAUAAAAGGUGUCUCAAAAUAAAUGAAGAUUCUAAAGAUCAGUGCGAAGUUUUGACAAAGACAGUGCUUCGUAUUUGCGGCCAUCUUGUUAAUUAUUCUUCAUUCUUGCAAAUCAUUCUACAUCAUAGUUGUCAGUUUGGCCGCGCGAUAUUGCGUACAUUUUUAAGGGCAAAUUUGGGUGUGUUAAAAGACCAAAAAAUAGGUUUAACAAGAUUAUUGACAAGUUAAAUUUUUUUUGCACUCAUCAAGCAUUGUCAACAAUCACUAAAUUAAUAAUUAAGAACAUUUUGUGUUUUGCUUUUACUGUGAAAUACUGAUUCAAUAGUGUUGAAACCCAGGACAGAGCUGCAAAGAAUUUUUCUUCCUUGAAAGAACAUAAUUAUGUCCAGCUAGGUUACCAUUUUGGUUGGUCCAAAGAAAAAUGUCAUCACAGUCAAUCAAUCCAGCUAUAUGCAUCUUUAGCCCUAUGCAUAUUGGGGGGCCCUCCCCCAACUCUGGAGUUGAAUAGCAUUAAAAUUUGUUCAAUUCACCACCAAAUGUAGUUACUUCUCUCAAACUUUAUCUGGGCACAUUUUUAAGUCAUUGUGACGUGUUUGUCAACAUUAAGAUCACCUUGCAACCAAGUUUUGACAGACAUGUUUUUUUUUUCAAAAUUUGCAUUUAUGUUUCCUCUAAUAGAACGUUUCUUUCCUAGUCAGAUUUUCUGAUUGAAUUACACUCAGUUAUAGACUGAGAUAACUUCUCUUAUGACAGGGACAUGGGUUACUUCAUCAAGUCACCCUGGUAACUUAUCUGUUACUCUGUUUUAGGAACGUGUGGUUGGUUUUCAUUUCCUUGGUCCAAAUGCUGGAGAGGUGACUCAAGGUUAUGCUGUGGCUAUCAAGUUAGGAGCCAAAAAGAGCGACUUUGACAGAACUGUAGGAAUCCACCCAACAGUGUCUGAGGUAAUUAGUUAUCCACAUACAGAUUUUCCAGACUAA